AUGGAAGUCGCUGACGGUGCAGCCAGCACGCCUACUGAACUCCCUCAGCCCGACGAUUUGGUGGCGGCUUUGGAGAAGAAUUAUUACAAAGUCGAAUAUCGCAACGUGGAGCUCAAGAACCAUCGCGACGUGGUCAGCACAGUCGACAAGAAGGAUCUCGCCUCCAUCGCGGACAACACAUGGGUGACUGACGGGCAGGAGGAUCAGAUGCCCUCCCUUUAUGCCGACUUUCCAACAUGUCCGUCGUGUGUUUCCAGGCUACUAAGCAUCCGAGUGCCGAAACUGUCAAACGGGAAGACAUGGGCGGCUGUCGAUUGCAACAACUUCGCGAACACCACUGUGCACAAUACUCCCGUCAAUGCUGGAAACGGCCUGCCUCUCCUUGAGCACGACUACCUGGCGGUCCCUGUCUACAGGGGGUUGCUGACAACUCUCGCCAAGCAGACGCACCCACAUGUGGACAUGUCGAAUUUUGAACUGCUGCUGAAGGACGUUCCCUGUCAUGUCCUCACGGCGAACCACAUCCCUAAGCAAGAGAAUGGUUUUGACUGCGGAGUCUUCAUCUGCCACUACUUGAAAGUUUUGGUCUACUCCGACUUCGCCAACUUGAAGAGUGGCCUGUGGUUCAAAGGGGUCAGCGCGCUGCAGUACCGCCGCAACAUGCGCGCUGAUAUAUGCGCACACGCUAUGGGGGAAAUGCUCCGGAGGCUAGAGGAAGAUGGCGUGGAUGUUCCUUCUCAGGAAAGCGGCACCACCACCAACACGACUUUGAAGGAGGGUGCAGAGGACGGACAACACACAGAGCAAAGACGUGUGGACCGACUCGAGGCGGAGGUGUGCUCCUUGAAGCGCGAGGUCGGUGCGAUGACUGCAGGAUUCGCCGCAAUUGGGCAGGUGCUUGGGAUGUCGAGGGAGGAGCUGAUCUCUGCCGGCGAAAACAUGCUGCAGAAGCCUGCCUGCGCUGUGCAGGGAGCGGGAGGUAAUGAUCCGCGCAAGCACGGCCCAACCACUCCUGUACGGCCUUCAGGAUACACGAAGCAGCUGAACGACAGCCCUGACGAGGAUCUGGUGGGCUCCAACACGAGAGUGUCGCUCGACAGCAAGUUCGCGUCAGCCGUUGGAGCGUACCCCUGCUUCCCGGCACAUCUGCCGAUCCCCGGGACGGUUCCACACUGGCUGUUGUCGCGCCAGCAGGGAGCUGCGGUUUCACUAGUCCAGCCAUCCUAUCCUGUUUACGGCAUCGCGCAGAGCGGUGCGGGCGCACACCCCGGCUUCACAGCUGUGCCUAAGCAGGAGCCCUUGGAAGGAGGAGAGGAUUCUGACGAGGACGGAGAGGGGGAGACCGAGCCAGGAACAAAGCCGACCAAGUACACCGGGGUGUAUGUGGAGGCCGAUACAGGCAAGUUUGGGGUGAAGGUUGUCGCCAAGGACAAGGACGGAAAGAAGGUAACGAAGAGAGUCGGCGCUUACACCACGAUAGAGGAGGCAGCGUAUUGCUACGCGGCAGCAGCCCACGUGCUGAGGCCAGGCAUGGGCACCAGGAACUCUGUGGCUUUAACACCGGCGGAUAGGGCAGCUUUGAAGGGGUGCACUCCUGAAGUCCUAAAAGUCCUGGUGGAUGCCCGCAUGUGGUGGCGCUGGAGGGUAUGGAGGGAGGCGUACGAAGGUGUGAUGCGGAAGGCAGCGCGGGCCAAGAAGAAUGCAACGCCUGCUAAAAGGGGGAGACCGCGAAAGGAGAGUGGUGCGCAGGGUGGUGGCACGGCAGGAGAGGGUGAAGGAGAGAAGGCUGGAAGUGAGGACACUGAGAUCGUUGCCAUCGAACCAACCAACAGCAGGGCGCUUGGGAGGCUCAGCAGUGCCGAUGCAAAGUCCACGGAUGACAAGACAGAUGAAGCUGGUCGUGGGAGGCAGAAGGAUGGUGCUUGGGAUAUCAAGCGGGAGGUGGCGGAAAAUCUGCUGGUGAUGGUAAUCACGGAGACUACGGGGGGGGAGACAUCUGACGCUUCUCCCGGCAGAGUAGGCAAGCAAGCGGCGGAGAGUGACUCGCCAGAUUCGCGUUCCAAGAGCGACGUUGAUCCGCGUCUGGCUCUCCGGAAUCGAGGCGAGGACGUUGACGGGGGCGACCAGGCACGCAUCGAGAGCGACGUCAACGCUUUCGAAGAGGAGGAUGACGAGGAUGUGGGCGACGCGAUGCGCGCGAUGUUCGAAACCAACACGAACCGCGAGAACGCUGAUGUCCCAACCAAUGGAGAGGAGGUGCGCGUUUCCGCGGGAGUAUUCAGGAGCCUGCUUAAGUCGCAAGACGAGAGCGCGAAGAAGGUUGCCCGCUUGGAAACCUUGCUUUUGGAGGCACUGGCGAAGUCCGAUGGGGGAUCUCGUCGCCGCAAAGCAGAGCGGCAGAGGGAGCCGGGACAGGGAUGCAUGAACCCAAAGCGCCAGCGUCGUGGCGAGGCUGUGGCUGAGGUUGAGGACGAUGACGAUGAGGUGGACGACGACGACGACUUCGAGGACGUGGCACAGAUUCGCACGCGGCGCAAACAUAUGCGGUCUGCGAAGUCGCCUGUUCUGCAACGCGCACUUGAUCUGCUGCCAGCAGACAAGGCUUGGAAGUGUUUGCGGUGGUUCCUGACUUGUGUGCAGCGACUAUGCGAGUUGGUCCGCGUGCAGCUGUUCCUGAAGAAGCCGGCCGCAACCAUGACUUUCUAUCCGAGCUCUGACGACAAGACUUAUGGCGUCUGCGCAGUGCUUGACCGCCUGCCGCAUAGCUUCGCGUGUCUCGCGCUGGCAGCGGACAAGUCCCGACGGGCGGACCUUAACAAGACGCUGAGCGAGUGGAAGACAAGGGCUGCAGCACGGGUCCGGGACAUUGCGCUCCCGAAGCUUGGAUUCUUCCGGGACGAGCGCGACGAGGCAAGCCCGUGGGCAAGGGACAACGCACGGACGCUGGAGCAGAUUCGCGAGCGCAUUGGGCUCGGAGCGGAUGAGAGCGAUGAUCUGGUGUUGAGCAACUGGGCUAACGACCGCGACGGGAUGCCCUUUGCUUCUGCGGCGUUUGCGGCGUGCGCAAAGGCUGCCUUCAUUCCGAAGAAGGCUGCACUGCCGCUCACUUUGAAGGUGUACCACCUUGCGUGGCUAGAGCACGUGGUGUCCGACAGCAUCAUGUACUGGGAGCAGAGGAUGGGCCGUCUCUCUAACUCGGCGGGGGGGAACGGCCACGUGGUGAACGGGCUCAAGGUGCUUGUGAAGGGCUCCGUUUCACAGGCCAUCCGUCACUUCAAUCCAGAGUACGACGAGGAGAAAGAGGAGUGGAUAUGGGGACGCCAUGGCCUCCGCCUUUCUGCAUGUGGGCUUGAGAGCAUGAAGCCCAAUGCAGGCGCUAGCGGAGGAGACGCCGCCGGGAACGAUGUGCAGUCGGUGUCUGUCGGGGGUGUGUAG